AUGACUUCCACUCAACAGUACGCAUACUACUCACCCACUCAGUCAGCUCCAGUGAGCAUGCCCCAGAAGCCGGGUCAAUAUCCUGCUUCUGCCUAUCCGUACUACCAGAACCCCUAUCAGCGUCUGUCUGCCUCGCCUCCAGAGGUAGCGGACAGCUCCACCACUUCCGGCGUUGCUUCGUAUUCAACCACCUCCAGCAACUACGCUGGGAGCGUCAGCGAGUACGAUACCAGCUCGUCCGGUGGCAGCGCGUCAAGCGUUGAUUUGCUCGACUACAUGGGUGGCCGAGUACAGGCUGCCUAUGAUCCAAUGCCCAUGGAUAAGAGCUUAGUACAGCAAGCGCAGACCUCCGGAAAAUUGAACGCCAAAACACAAGAGCUGCUCCGCUUGCAAGCGCUCGCUCGGAGCCGACUGGCGUCGGUGCAAGCGGGCUUCAACGAGGGGAUGAAGACAGCGAAGGACGUGCAGCAGGAUCUGGAAUGGACACAGAAACGCGUGGCAUCCAUCAACCAACGUGCUGCGCGAAAAUAUCCCGCAGAAUAUCAAAUGGCCUCGGAGCGAUAUCCGGCACCCGUGUCGGACUACUAG